UAUUGCUGAUUGCAUUCUUUUUUGUGGUCGUUUAGGUUUGCCUUUGCGUGGCCACCGUGAUGAUGCUAAAUAUCAUCCAGAGCUGAUGAGGCUGCAGAUUCUUCCCAUAGAGAGCAAAUGGCUCUAAUUUUACGUUUUAUUGAUAAGAAUAUGGACAUAAGAGAGGAGUUCAUUGCCUUUCUUCAAUGUAAGUGGGGAUUGAGUGGAGAGAACCUUGCUAAAUUAAUUCUAGAUAAACUUAAAGACCUUGGCUUGCCAAUUGAAGACUGUCGCGGACAAGGUUAUGAUGGUGCGGGUGCUGUUGCAGGUUGUGUUAAAGGUUUGGCUGCCCAAAUUUUGAAGCUCAACUCGAAAGCAUUAUAUACCCACUGUUAUAGUCAUAGGCUUAAUUUGUCAGUUUGUGAUUCUUUGUCAGAUAUUGAGGUUAAGAAAGUACUUAACAAAAUAAAAGAUGUGACAAAUUUUAUCAAUAUUUCUCAAACACGCAAUAUACCGUUUGAGGAGACUGUACGCAAUAGUUUAGAAACGGACUCAAAAAAGACUAGAUUGCCAGAUGUUUGUAGAACCAGAUGGGUAGAACGAGUUAAAGGUUUAUACACUUUCGAAGAAUUGUUUGUUCAAAUUUUUGACACACUGGAUAACAUGGCAAAUGGUGGCAGUCCCUCUCUCGCUGCUGAUGCAUCCUCUUUGCUUGAAGGUCUUUCUGAGUUUCAUUUUAUCGCCCUCUUGGUUAUUACCAGAAAUGUUUUUGAUCUAACGCUUCCUGUUACUCAGCUUUUGCAAGGAAAGAGUAUUGAUGUUAUGGACGGGAUUGAGUUGAUCUCUUCUUUGAAAAGCAGUGUUGCACAUGUGAGGAAUUCUAUUGCUUCAUAUCAUGAUCAAUGGUACGACAUUGCUUUGACGUUAGCGGCAAAGGUUGGGGUAGAAGAAUGUAAACGUAGGACAAUUGGAAGGCAAACUACAAGGCCUAACGCUCCUUAUCGUUCUAUCUCGGAGUAUUACAAACGAAUCUAUACGAUUCCUUUAAUUGACCAUCUUCUCUCGUCUUUGGAUGCGCGAUUUGACACGGAAAGUGUAAAUGUUUAUCAACCGCUAAGUAUUGUUCCAACAAAAAUGUUUUCUCAUAAAAAAUGGGAUUGACUGGAGACAUAAAUUUAAGAUUGUUUCAAAAUUUUAUGUUGCUGAUUUACCCAAUCAGUUAGGUUUAGAUGCAGAGUUGUUAUUAUGGCAAUCCUUCUGGGAACAUCGUAAAGGUCCUUAUCCAUGUAAUGUAGCUACAACUUUAAAAGCUAUAAAUUUUGAUGGUUUU